GGAUAAAGUGACAGACAGACGACACAGACAGCCCUUCCGUCUCCAAUCCUCUCGUCAUUUCCUCUCGCUUCUGCUCGGUUGCAGCCCAGCGUAGAUCUUAUUCUUGGCCGAGAAUCCUCAAGCUCUCCAAUUUCUGUUCUUGCGCCGCUUAGCAAUUCCGCCCCGAAAUUCUUUUGCGGCGCAGUCUUCACCCGAAUCUUGGGUCGUAGGUUCGUAGCUAAGAAGAUGAACAAGGACAAGGCUCCGAUGCCGGGAGAUGGCGGCCCCAGCGACGGCUUGCCGCCGCAGUCCACGCGCCGUGCCGGGGCGCCGCCCUCGUCGUCAACCCCACCACCGGAGUACGACAUCAGCCGCAUGCCGGACUUCCCAACCCGGAGCACCGGCCACCGGCGUGCGCACUCCGAGAUCCUGGGCCUCCCCGACGACCUCGACCUCAGCGCUCCCGGAGGCGGCGACGGACCAUCGCUGUCGGACGAGAACGACGAGGAGCUCUUCUCCAUGUUCCUUGAUGUGGACAAGCUGAACUCAUCGUGCGGGGCGUCGUCGGAGGCCGAGGCUGAGUCCUCGUCCGCCGCGGGUGGCGGCGGUGAGGGGGCUGAGCUGGGCCACGCGCCCAGGCCAAGGCAUCAGCAUAGCCAGUCCAUGGAUGAGUCCAUGUCGAUCAAGGCGGAACAGCUGGUGGGGGCGCCGGGGAUGGAAGGCAUGUCGUCUGCAGAGGCCAAGAAAGCAGUGUCUGCGGCAAAACUUGCUGAGCUUGCUCUUGUUGACCCAAAGAGGGCUAAAAGGAUUUGGGCUAAUAGACAAUCUGCUGCAAGAUCGAAGGAAAGGAAGAUGCGAUAUAUUGCUGAACUUGAGCGCAAGGUGCAAACCUUGCAAACAGAAGCCACAACAUUGUCGGCUCAGCUAGCAUUGCUGCAGAGAGACACCACUGGACUAACAACUGAGAAUAGUGAGCUGAAGGUUCGCCUGCAGACCAUGGAACAGCAAGUCCACUUACAAGAUGCUUUGAAUGACACACUGAAAGCAGAGGUCCAGCGGCUGAAGGUGGCAACAGGACAGGUGGCCAAUGGUGGUGGAGGGAUGAUGAACUUUGGUGCCAUGCCACGCUCGUUUGGAGGCAACCAGCAGAUGUUCCACAACAACCAAGCGAUGCAAUCCAUGCUGGCAACGCACCAGCUGCAGCAGCUCCAGCUCCACUCCCAGCCUCAGCAGCAGUCGCAACAUUCUCAGCACCAGCACCAGCACCAGCAACUGCAUUCGAUUCAGGCGCAGCAACAGCAGCAGCAACUGCACUCGCUGCAGGCGCAGCAGCUCCAGCAGGUGGCGAGAGACCUCAAGAUGAAAGCGCAUCUGGCCGGCCAAGGCCAGUGGGGCGAUGGGAAGUCUGGGAGCAGUGGCAGCUAAGCUUUACUGGCACUGGAAUAUUUUGGUGCACGUGGUGGUUAGGAAUGGAGAUCCCUUGUUUUGGUGAUGUUGCUGUGCAAGUGUAGUUAUCGUUAACUCAGUUAUCUACCUAUAGGCUCAGUUCAGCUUCAGUUUUAUCGUUAACUCGGUGAUCUAUAGGCUCAGCUCACCUGCAACGUACUUCAGUUCAGAAACUCGGAUGGUAACAGAUGUUUAUCUGUUGGAUUUUGUUUGUAUCUCUUUGCUAGUUUAAGGGUUAAAAUGGUUGGAAUUUCAGGGCUUCAGAUGAAAUCUCCCGUCUGUCAGGUACUCAGGUUCUAAAUGUAUUACCUCUAGAUAUGUAGCCUACCUUGGUGGUGUCA